UCAGCUGCUAUCUGACAUCCGAUUGGAUGCACUGCACCGCGGGCUUACGUACCUCUCGGGAUUUAAUUUCUAGGGGGUAGGGACAAGGGAGUCGUGACUUGGGAGAGCGUCCACUGCCAUCGAAGUACAAGGAAACGGAUAGUGCUAGCUCUCGCUUCUCGUAAAAUUUUUCCUUUGAGAGGGUGAACAAUGGCACGUACCAAGCAGACGGCUCGUAAAUCAACUGGAGGUAAAGCACCUCGUAAACAGCUUGCCACAAAGGCAGCACGUAAGAGUGCACCUUCUACUGGUGGUGUGAAAAAACCACAUAGAUACAGGCCUGGUACAGUAGCUCUUCGAGAAAUCAGAAGAUACCAGAAAUCAACUGAGUUGUUGAUUAGAAAAUUACCGUUUCAAAGAUUGGUUCGUGAAAUCGCGCAAGAUUUCAAAACCGAUCUUCGUUUCCAGAGCGCUGCUAUUGGAGCGUUACAGGAAGCUUCAGAAGCAUACCUGGUCGGAUUAUUUGAAGACACCAACUUGUGUGCUAUUCACGCAAAACGUGUAACAAUCAUGCCGAAGGAUAUCCAGCUGGCCCGACGAAUCCGUGGCGAGCGUGCUUAAAUAUGUAAUUCCCAUACAUACCAUUUACUACUAUUAUUAUUAUCAUUCGUAACAAUCGUGGAUGAAACAUUUUCAUUCCAAACCACAUAUUAUGUUGUACUCCAUAACAGUGUACAAGUUAUGACAUGAUCAUCCUUUACAAUAAGUAUUUAGAAUUCAGAACUUUCAUGAAUUGGUAUAAAUUGGUUUCAAAAUACAAGUAGUCUUCAUCUUCUGGUAUUACUACGAGAACGUAGAGUGCGCGUUAUUUCAUAAAAGUUUUCAGUUAUAAAUGUUAAUCCUUUAGUUUAAUUCUCAUUUUUUAUCAUUCUACACUUUACAGAGUAAGAAUACUUAUAAAGAUGUAAAGCACACCGGAAAGCAAAUAAUCGUGAUAAAAGACAAAACAAAUUGUUAAUUCUUCUAAAAGUACUUUUAAGAUUGAAUAAGGUCGAAAAUCUUCAGUUUCUCAUUACGAUUUUAUUCUACUUUGCAUCAUUUUGAUAUGUGACACAUCAUUAUCAUUAUUGGUACAACACAUAGUGAAAUGUGCAUUAGAGAGUAAGGCAGUUUCUUUAUA